UGUAAAAAAUAAAAAAAUAAUAUUUAGGUUUCUCUGAGUUCUAACUUCAGUAAGCCUGUUAUACACGUGGUGAACCCAGCGGAUAUGGUUUAUGAUGUUUUCUCUAAUAUUAGUUUUUCAUCACCUCUCAGUACUUCAGAAGAACGGAAUUGUGAGGAUUCUACAAGCUUGCAGAGUCGGAAUAUGAAUAGUUUAGAGUCCAACAUAUCUUCUCUCAAUAUCGGUGAACGAAUUCCAACCUAUUCUGAGACCAACUCUGAGGCAGAUGAUGAAGUUUAUGAAAAUAUUGACGAAAUCCGCCAAAAGUUAGAAAAAAAUACUUGCACACUUGCACCGGAACCACCACCACGAAACUCGAUCCUAAAACCGGAAGUAGAAUGUAGACCGGAAGUAGAGGAGAAUGUGUACAGUGAAUGUUCGGUUCCCGGAAGAUCUGUUUUUGUAAACGACGAGCAGACACUAUUCGAUAGAUUGCUACGAGAGCCCAGCUGCGGGUAUUCUAAAGGACUGGCGGAUGAUAAAGUGGAUCUGGGUGCAAGACCAAAAUCCUCCAAAACUAUUGACAUCAGAACGACAGUACACAAGUGGUACGAGGAGGCAGUUGAAGAAGUAGAGAGGGAUUUAUCCCUUGAUAUUCAGCAUCUAGAAAAGAAUGAUAUGAAGAAGCCAAGUCCUGUGAAAAAGUCAAAUUAUGAAUAUGUAUUCCUGGCAACAACUGGUAAAAUAGACGGGGAUAGAAUAGUUCCUCCACCUUCAAACCAACUCCUUAGAGAUUUUGAUCCCUGCUUCGGAGAUGACUUAACUGAACCUGAUGAAAACCCUGAUACAGAGGAUACUGCUAACUUCAAAUCUAUUGACAACAAUUCAGCAUUGGAAACUGAUGCUAGGUCUCGAUCUAAUUCAGACGGUUUAGAACCUGCUGAAGCUAAAGCAGCUGAAGCAAAAUAUAAAGAUAAAAAUUAUAGUCCCAAAAAGAGCUUUUCCCCCAAAACCAAAUUUCCCAUAGGUUCCCCCAAAAAAAUUAACUUUGGACCUCCCAAACCACCAAGAAGUUUUGAUUGUGCUUCAGGAGAAGUAUUGAAAAAAGAUCAACAGUCAAGGAGUGCAAAAGAUCUCUUUAGCAUAACAUCUAAACGAAAGCAAAAUAAAGAUGACUCAAAUGACGACAUAGAUGAACUAAAAUCUGAAAUGAAAAAGAAAGCUGAAAAGACAAGCGAAGACAACCUUUAUGUAACUCUUCCAGUUCGAGGGAAAUGUAGUUCUCCUGGAUCAAAUGUAAACAUCCCAUCUCCGACCUCUGCCCCACCUACUCUUCCUCCCUCUACUCCCUCGCCUCCUCCACUACCUGCCUCCAGUCCUCCAUCAGCUUCUAAGCCUAAGCAAACAAUGUAUGAGAAUGUUUGGAUUGAGCGAGGUUCCCCGAUUAUAGCUCAGGAUAGAGACUCCACUACUCCUUCAAUACCUAGAGAAGAAAAGAAGGACUCCUCUACUCCUCCAAUACCUAGAGAAGAAAGGAAGGUCUCCUCUACUCCUCCAAUACCUAGAGAAGUAAGAAAGGUGUCCACUACUCCUCCAAUACCUAGAGAAGUAAGAAAGGACUCCUUUACUUCUUCAAUCCCUGGAGAAGGAAGAACAAUGAAUCCAUCCACUCCUCCAUCAGUGCCUCCAAGGGCUGGACGCAAAGGUGGAUUACAUAGAAAAUCCGACUCCCUGGAUUCAGGUUCUAGUUCUACUACUACAGAUUCAAACCAAUCAAAG